UAUAAUUACUAUAGGGAAGUGAGUGAAGUGAAGCAUUGCAAAUUAUUUGAAUAUGAAUAUCAGAAUUUUGCUUGUAACCUGUGUGGCACUUUUGUGUUUCCUUGGGGUUUGUCAAGGAGGCAACCUAAGGAAAAAGUUCUACCAGGAUUCCUGCCCUCAAGCUGAGGACAUUAUUAAGAACAAAACCCAGCAGCAUGUGUCUGCUAAUCCUGAUUUACCGGCUAAGUUGCUUCGAAUGCAUUUUCAUGAUUGUUUUGUCAGGGGUUGCGAUGGCUCGGUUUUGUUGAACUCUACUGCCAAUAACACUGCAGAGAAGGAUGCAAUUCCAAAUUUAACUUUGGCUGGCUUUGAUGUCAUAGAUGACAUAAAAAGUGCGGUGGAGGCAAAAUGUCCCAAAACUGUAUCUUGUGCUGACAUACUCACAUUGGCAACUAGAGACGCUGUUUCCGUCCAAUUUAAUAAACCUAUGUGGGAAGUGCUCACUGGUAGAAGAGAUUGCACGGUAUCGAAAAGUAGCGAAGCCUUGGCUAAUAUCCCAGCACCUUUCUUCAACUUCACCCAACUCAAACAGAGCUUUGCUAGCAAAGGUCUCACUUUGCACGAUCUGGUUGUAUUAUCAGGGGCACACACAAUUGGAAUAGGGCACUGCAACGCUUUCAGUAGCAGGCUUUAUAAUUUCACUGGAAAAGGUGAUCAAGACCCUUCUUUGAAUUCCACUUAUGCCGCAUUCUUGAAGACAAAGUGCCAGAGCUUGAGUGACACAACUACAACGGUUGAAAUGGAUCCUGGUAGCUCAAAGACUUUUGAUAAUGACUAUUAUCCUAACCUUCUGCAGAAAAAGGGUUUGUUCCAAUCAGACGCUGCCCUUCUAACACAAGAUCAGUCAGCAGGUAUUGCUGCAGAAUUGGUUGAUGAAGCCAAGUUCUUCACUGAGUUCGCACAGUCAAUGAAGAGAUUGGGAGCCAUUGAGGUUCUUACUGGCUCUGCCGGAGAAAUAAGGAACAAAUGUUCUGUUGUUAACUCAUAAACCAUUAAUUAAGAACUGUUUUGUGGUUUUAAUUUCCUUUCUUUAUGUUAUGUAUAUCUUUCAGUUGUUACUUUGAGUUUCUAAUUAUGAUCAGCGUUGUCAAAUACCUCUCAGGGAUCAUAAGGCCAUUAAUGUUCUCGUCAAAUGCCUUACACGUGUAGUGUAUUACUAUUAAGUAACAAAG